UCUCUCUGCUUACAAUUACAAGAGCCACAGCACACUCACUUCGCCUCUUCUCAUAUCAAGUCUACAUCAGUGGCGGGUGGUGGAGGUGGCACACCCUUCAGCUUCAUUUCCGCCACCUUUUUUCCCGCCCGACGCUUUCCCACCAAUUCACCCCUCCCCACAUGACAGUGAAACCCCAGAUGACUCUGCUUUCUUUCUAGUAUUCUUUCAUCAUCACUUUCAACUUUCAUAUCUCUACAUUUUUCUUUUUCCUAUUUAACCCUACUCCUUCCCCUUUCUCCCAUUCCUCAGCCCUUUCCUUUUUUCGGAAACACAGAACAUAAACACAGUCCUCGGGAUCCCAGCCCACUCUCUCCUUCCACAUCCCUGGACCACUGUUCCUGGGAUCAUCACUAGUGUUUAGGGCUGCAAUUCCCGAGGAUAUCUGCUUUAUUCUCUUUUUCUUUUCCUUUCCUCCUUUGCUUGUUCUUUUUUGUCUCUCAAUCUUGUCUGGUUGGGAAGCCUCUCCACUAAAGUUGGAACCUGUAAAAGCCUAAAACCCCAGCUCAAUUCUCUUCCUCGGAUCUGUGCUUUGUGGGUUUCAAGCGCUAAAGGACUACGUACAUUGGAGGAUAUGAAUACCUUUGCACAUGUUCCCCCUGGUUUUCGGUUCCAUCCAACUGAUGAAGAGCUCGUAGAUUACUACCUCAGAAAAAAGGUUACUUCAAGAAGAAUUGACCUAGAUGUCAUUAAGGAUGUUGAUCUCUAUAAAAUAGAGCCAUGGGAUCUUCAAGAACUUUGCAGAAUAGGAACGGAUGAGCAAAAUGAAUGGUACUUUUUUAGCCAUAAAGAUAAGAAGUAUCCGACUGGGACUCGAACAAAUAGGGCUACAGCGGCUGGAUUUUGGAAAGCAACAGGAAGAGACAAAGCUAUUUACUCUAAGCAUGACUUGAUUGGCAUGAGGAAGACCUUAGUCUUUUACAAAGGUCGAGCCCCGAAUGGUCAAAAAUCAGAUUGGAUUAUGCAUGAAUACCGACUUGAAACAGAUGAGAAUGGGACUCCUCAGGAAGAAGGUUGGGUUGUGUGCAGAGUGUUCAAGAAGAGAAUAGCAACGGUGAGGAAAAUGAGCGAGCAUGAGUCACCAUGUUGGUAUGAUGAUCAAGUCUCGUUCAUGCCGGAGUUGGAAUCACCAAAACAGAACUCUCACUCUAAUAUGGCUUACCAUCUCCCUUAUUCCUGCAAGAAAGAGAUAGACCUGCAGUACCAGAUUCCACACGAGCAAUUCCUCCAGCUCCCUCUCCUAGAGAGCCCAAAACUUUUGCAAACAGCAGCAACCACUGUAAGCUGCAACUCUAUGGUUGCAUACGGUAUUGACAUAAACCAUGGAACCACUUUGCAGUCCCCUUCACUUACCCAGGAUGAACAUAUUCGCCAACAAGCCCAUGAACAAAACUUGCACCCCAUCUAUGUAUACAAUAAUAACGAGCUGGCGGUGGAUCAAGUCACAGAUUGGCGAGUUCUCCACAAGUUUGUUGCUUCUCAGCUCAGCCAUGAAGAUGUUUCCAAGGAAAAUAACUACUCAUCGAAUGCAGCCACUCUCUUUCAUGCAGCUGAACACCCAAAUUUGCUUGUCCAACAUCUGAACAAAGAAGAAGCAGUGCCUGAGAAUGCCUCAACAUCGACUUCAAGUUGUCAAAUUGAGCUGUGGAAAUGAAACCCUGCGAUAGAGAUUCGGUGGUAUAUACUGAUCAUAGGAAGUUCAGGCAGAAGAAAAAGGGAUCGAUAUGAUAUCAUACGUAUGGUUCCUCUUCCUGUACAUAAUAAAACUAUAACAAUAUAACUCUAGCUGUUGAUCAUCUGGCUAGAAAAACCUCGGUAUUAAGUAAUUAAUGCUAUGAAACUAGUGAGUCAAAAACCAUAUUUCUAGUAGUAUAUAAGUAUUGCUAGGCCUGCAGAGCUGAGUGUUGCUGUGAAAGGCAUGGAGUACUUGUAGCAUUGUUUGCAUGCAUGUAAUGGGCUCUAUUACAUAGCCUGGUCUAGCAGCCGACUGUGCUGUUUAUACUUUAUAGAGUGGACCUGUGGUCGCUCACCGAUAUGUUUGUACGCUGGUUGAACUUGAAAUAGAAGAAUAUUGUCUUUCUUCUUUUGUAUA